GUCGUGGCUCCUCCUUCGCCCUCUCCCCAAACAUUACGGGCGGGCUGGGGGGUCCUGCCCUUGGGAGGGUGGUCCAGGCCUCAAAGCCACUGCCGCGAAGGGCCAGGACUCAGGGAUCCGAUUCUGAGUAGAGGCCGUCCCGGGAAGUGCUUUCUCCUUCCUUUGUGCUCCUUUCUGCUCAGGCCCCCGAAGUGUGGCCUGAUCUGGUCCCAAUGCACCUCUCUGGGUGGUCUUCUUUCCCCAGCUGCUCGCCCGCGGUCACCAUGCCACCCUUGUUGCUCCUGCUGCCCCUGCGCCUGUGCCGGCUGUGGCCCCGCAGCCCUCCUACUCGGCUUCUCACAGCAGCCACCGGGCAGCGGACUGGUUCUGGCAGUUACUAUGAACUGUUGGGUGUGCAUCCUGAUGCCAGUGCUGAAGAGGUUAAACGCGCCUUCUUCACCAAGUCCAAAGAGCUGCACCCUGACCGAGACCCUGGGAACCCAGCCCUGCACAGCCGCUUUGUGGAACUAAAUGAGGCAUACCGAGUGCUCAGCCGUGAGCAGAGCCGUCGCAGCUAUGACCAGCAGCUCCGUUCAGCCAGCCCCCCCAAAUCUCCAGGGACCACAGCCCAUCCCAAGUCUUCACGACAAACAUACAGCAGCUCCUGGGAAGAUCCGAACGCACGCUACUGGGCCCAGUUUCCUGGUGUGAGGCGGCAGGGGCCUGAGUUCAGGAAGCAGCAGCACAAGCACAACCGGCAGGUGCUGGGGUACUGCCUCCUGCUCAUGCUGGCAGGCAUGGCCCUGCACUAUGUCGCCUUCAGGAAGUUGGAGCAAGUGCACCGGAGCUUCAUGGAUGAAAAGGAUCGGAUCAUCACUUCCAUCUACAAUGACACUCGGGCUAGAGCCAGGGCCAACAGAGCUAGGCUCCAGCAGGAGCGCCUGCAGAGGCAGCAGCAACCGCCAUCACCCUCCAGACCUCCCGAAAGCCCCGAGAUCUUGCCAGAGGACCCCAGCCCGUGAGGGAUUCAACUAGAUGGGGUCUGCCCUGGGAUCCCUGCUGUCUGCCCAGGACCGCUAACUUCCCACAACUCGUGCAAUAAAGUUAAUUCUCAAGA